CUAUUCUAUCGCCGACUCAAACCCCCCCUCUCCCUCUCCCUCUCCCUCUCCCUCUCUGCGAUUUUUAUGAAAAAGUGAAGAAGAAGAAAACUAGUAUGCCGGCCUCAGUUUGCAACCUCUCUUUCUCUCUCUGACUUCACUACUCUCUCUCAUGGAUUCAAAUAAAAGCAGCAGCUCUAACAAAAAAAUGGAGCUCCACCAUCAGAAUCAACUCCUCCAUCAUCACCAUCAAAAUAAUCAGAUAUCAUUUGGGAUGAUGCACCCAUCUUCCUCAUCCGUCAUUCCAGGAAGUUUCAACAUAAGCAAUGAUUCAAGCACCUACGACUUGGGCGAGCUAGAUCAAGCUCUUUUCUUAUACCUCGACGGCCAAGAUCAUUCAGCUCACGACCUCAAACAAAAUUAUGGGAUGAGGCCACCAACUCUCAACAUUUUCCCUUCACAGCCAAUGCAUGUAGAGCCAUCACCUACAACAUCAAAGCCAAAUAGUACUGGAUUAGUUUCUCCAUCAACCAGCGCCUCCAAGAGAUCAUCUGAGCCGUCCAUGGAGUUAUCCAACCCUAAAACUAAUGCCGCUUCGGGCAAAGCAGUUAAGCGUGAGGGAAACCGCAAAGGCCCUACCUCAAGUUCGGAGCAAGAAGGACCAAAAACACCAGACCCCAAGACGCUGAGGAGGCUUGCUCAGAAUAGAGAAGCGGCUAGGAAAAGUAGGCUAAGGAAAAAGGCUUAUGUUCAACAGCUAGAAUCAAGUAGGGUGAGGCUUUCUCAACUAGAGCAAGAAAUACAAAGAGCUAGAACACAAGGAUUUCUUAUAGGAAAUGCUAGUUUGGGAGACCAAGGCGGCGUUCCUGCUCCGAUGAGCAACAUAAGUCAUGAGACGGCCAUGUUUGACAUGGAGUAUGCCCGGUGGCUAGAGGAGCACCACCGCCUGACGGUGGAGCUCCGGAAUGCGGUGCACGAGCACCUACCGGAGAACGAGCUCAGGCUCUUUGUGGACAACUGCUUGGCACACUAUGAUCAGGUUAUCAACCUGAAGAGCAUGAUCGCCAAAUCCGACGUCUUCCACCUCGUCUCCGGCAUGUGGAAGACGCCGGCCGAGCGGUGCUUCAUGUGGAUGGGCGGCUUCCGGCCGUCCGAGGUCAUUAAGAUAAUAAUGAGCCAAGUAGAGCCAUUGAGUGAGCAGCAACUGAUGACAAUAUGUGGGGUUCAACAAUCAACACAAGAGGCAGAAGAAGGUCUGUCACAAGGGCUUGAUACUCUGACUGCUUCCCUUUCAGAAACCAUUGCUUCAGACUCACUCACACUCCCUCCUAACAUCAACACCUACAUGCCCCAAAUGGCCCUCGCCAUCAACAAGCUCUCCACCCUCGAAGGCUUCAUUCGACAGGCAGAUAAUCUGAGGCACCAAACACUCCACCGGCUGCACCAAAUCCUGACCACCCGCCAGGCCGCGAGGUGUUUUCUGGCGAUCGCGGAGUACUUCCACCGCCUCCGCGCACUCAGCUCACUCUGGGUAGCGCGCCCCCGCCCGGAGUAAAUCACUACCAUGCUUGACAUAAUUUAGACAUCUAUCUUUCUAUGUAUCAUGGGAUUUUCUUUUUCUUUUUUCUCUUUAAUUUCUCUUUUAGGUUGAUGAUUAAGGAGGUAUGUACGUAGGAACACAGAGAAAUGUAAAAAUUAGUAAUUAAUUAAUGGUACAACUACAAGUACUGAUCGAUCAACAAUUAAUUUUCACUUUUUCGAUAUA